AUGCGCUCCGGAGGUCCCAGGAGACGGGGGUGGGAGAGGCUGGACCCCCAACCAAGGGGAAGGCCCGACCCCCGCCCAACCCAUGUCCCCGCACUCGGCGGGGACGCGCGCGCGCGCGCGCGCACACACGCCACUCCGCCGGCGCCGCCCGGGCCCCCGCCCUCCGAGGGGCGAGCGUGCCGCCCCCUGCCCACACGGACCCCUCCCCCGGCGGGGCCUCCGGGACCCGUCCCCGCCACUCACCUUGGUCCCCGAGCCACCUCCGCCGCCGCUGCCACCGCGCAGAGCCGGAGCCCGGGGCCGGGGGAGGGCGCCGCGGAGGCCCCGCCCCGCCCCGCCCCGCCCCGCCCCCUGGGCCCGCGUAGGGCGCCCGACGCGGCCGGAGCCACCGGACUCCUGGGCUGCUGGAGAUGCGCGGCAGGCAGCCACCUGGGUCGCGGGUACGCCCACCCACCGGGGCCCGCCCGAGCUGGGAGCCGGGGGCCGGAGGGGCCCUCCCGGGAUCCCCCCACCCGGGUGCACUGCGCAGGCUGUGGGCGGUGCCCGCCGGGGAAGGGGGUGUCCCCGGCCACCCUGGCGGCCCAGAUCGGCUCUCCGGCCAGCAACGCAUUUCUCCGCGGCCCUCUAACGCCCACGGAGCGCCCCUUCCCCAAGCCCCAGCCUGUGGGGGUCGCUGGUAGCGGGGAGGAAAAAUCAGACCCUCGGAUUCAGUCCCUGCCCUGGGGCUUGGGGUCUUGA